GCCAUGGACUGGUCGGACCACGCUCUUUGGUGGCCUGAGAGGAACCACUGGCUGACCAGAACGAGAAGCACCCUCGAUCAGUAUGGCGUCGCCGCUGACGCUCGUCUUCACUUCACGCCGAUGCACAAAACUCUCAGAGUCCAGCUACCGGAUAUGCGUAGCCUCGACUGCAAAGUCGACUUCUCCGUAAAAACGUUCAACGCAGUGAUCAAUCUCUGCAAAGAAUUAGGUAUCAGACACCCCGAGGAACUCUCUUUCUGCAAGCCGUUGGAGCCGAACCAUCUGAAAUACAAUUUGAAAGACCUCCCGGCGAAAAAGAAGAUCGACAACCACAAGAACGGACACUGGAACGUUCCAGCGGACACGAACACCUUCAUACCGGUCAGCCAGAGUCCCAGGGGAUCGACGGGCAGCCUGGACCAGAGCAACCCUUUCAUGUGCGCCCCGGUCACACCCAACAACAGAAAUCACAGCACUCCGAUCAGCUCGCCGGUAUCGCAAACCGGCACGUGGAAGAGGAACAACAACUCGUCCGGUUUCGGUAGCACCGGCUCGUUCAACGCGAACAACAGCACGAUGAGCCUGGAAGCGAUGAACGGCGCGUUGUCCGAGUCCCUGGCCCAGAGUCCGACCUCGAUCUCGCCGGAGGUACGGUCAAAAUUGGUCAGGCCGAAGAAUCUGGUGGAAAGGGCCCGUAUGAACGUCGCGUGGCUGGACUCCUCGUUGUCGAUCAUGGAGCAGGGGAUCCGCGAAUUCGACACCCUCAGGCUGAAGUUCAAGUUCUACUCGUUCUACGACCUGAACCCGAAAACUGACGCCGUCCGGAUUAAUAUGAUUUACGAGCAGGCCAAAUGGCAGCUGCUCGCCGAGGAGAUCGACUGCACCGAGGAGGAGAUGCUCAUGUUCGCCGCACUACAGGUGCAAGUGAAUCUCCAAGCAAGCGUGCCGCAGCCAAGUUACGACAGCAAUGGCGCCUCAUCACCAGUCGAGGACGAUAUCGACGCAGCGUUGACGGACCUACAAGUGACCCUCGAGGGUAGCAACAUCAGCAACGGACCCAGCGAUAUUACCCAGGUUCCCGAGCUUUGCGACUAUCUACGUUUCCUGAAGCCAAAGCGUUUCACGCUGAAGGCGUUCAAACGCUACUGGGUCACCUGUCGGGACCUUCAGCUCAGGCUGUACAAGACCCGCGAGGAGACGAACAGCACCGAGUCACCGGCCCACGUGAUCAACCUGCGUGGAUGCGAGGUCACGCCCGAUGUCCAUCUCUCGCAAGGACGCUACGGCAUCAGACUCGAGGUGCCCAGCGCCGAAGGCAUGACCGAGAUGUGGAUCAGAUGCGACAACGAACAACAGUACGCAAAAUGGAUGGCAGCGUGUAGACUGGCGGCCAAGGGCCGCACCCUCGCCGAUUCCUCCUACGAAAGCGAAGUGAAUAGCAUCGCGGCACUCCUGCAAUUGCAGAGGCCCGCCCCAGCGCCUGCGAUCAAUCCGAGCGCCCUGGAUAUCGCUCCCGAUGACUACGUUGCGCCCAGAUUCGCGAAGAAAUUCAAGGGAAAGUUGGUUCAGAGGAUCCUGGAAGCGCACGCUAACGUCAAGGAUCUUCCAUUGGUCGAGGCUAAACUGAAUUACAUAAAGGCCUGGCAAUCCCUUCCAGAAUAUGGUAUCUCCCUGUUCGUGGUCAGAUUCACUGGAAAAAGUAAAGACGAACUGCUCGGUAUCGCUAAUAACAGGUUGAUGAGGAUGGAGCUUCACAGUGGCGAUCACCUGAAGACUUGGAGAUACAACACGAUGAAGGCGUGGAACGUAAACUGGGAAGUGAAACACAUGAUGGUACAGUUCGAGGAGGAGAAUAUCAUUUUUGAGUGUCAGUCCGCUGACUGUAAAGUCGUUCACGAGUUCAUCGGGGGGUACAUAUUCCUCUCGAUGCGGUCGAAGGAAGCGAAUCAAACGUUGAACGAGGAGAUGUUCCACAAGUUGACCGGGGGAUGGGUUUAAUAUAUAACUAUUUGAUACCUGGUUGAACGAGGAGCGAUAAGGAACAUCUGUUUCUAACCGAUUUUAACGCCCGACGAAGCGUCAAUUCCAUUACUGCCGGGAACAGUGAUACAGAGAGAGAAUAUUCUGAUCCGAGGAAAGGACGCGACACUUGUUGGCUGACAUUUGUAAAAAAAACAAAAAGGAAAUACUUAAAUUUAUACUUAGAGACGCUUUAUUGUAGGAUUUGUAAAUAGGAGAUCGUGUUGUCCGUAUACAACCACCGGAGGAGACGACGACGACGACCCGUUUCCAGCAGAUUCAUGGUUCGCGCGUGGCGUAUGAUUGUUGACGAUCGAUCGACCGCCAACCCUGAGAUAAUAUUGUUCAUAACGCUUUACUUUUGUACAUGACAGUAAAUACGCAAUCCGCCGCGUAAAAUCUUGUAAUAGAGUACACGAUGUUGCAUCGCGUAACCGAGUGAAACACGCACAACGAUCGACCCGCGAGAGAUAAGAGCGUAAACCGCGCCCUUUUCUACACGUGAACGCCGUUGAUUAAGGUCAUGAACGAGUUAAAUGUUUUAUAGGCAACAAGCAUGCUCCCUUAGAGCUACGUUCACCCUGCCUCCCCCCGCCCCCUCCGAACCCUACCCCUAGAGAAUGUUUUCGAUCAUUUUUACGGCCGCCAGGUCAAUCUCUCUCGGGCAAAUACAUGUAUUUUUUAACGGCAUGGGGUGCUAUGCCGAGCGAGAUUGACUUCUGUACGCGGCUACAUACGUAUAUGAAUCGUGUAAAUUAUUUGUUGUUUUAAUGUAAACUAUAUAUGUAUUAAAAAAAAAUAUUUACUUGUACCGUUGCAUAUUAUCUAAUCUACAUAUGAAAUGUCACGUUGCCGGACGUGUAAUCAGAAAACUAUAGUUUUGUAUAUUGAUAGAUGCUAGUUGUACAAUAAACGUAAUUAUUAUUAUUCCGUGGA